AUGACGUCCAUACAAGGUCAUAUGGACGCCAUUAAGCUGGUCUCAUGGACUCUUGCAAUCGCUGUGGUGGUCGUUCUCAUUGUGCGGCAGAUUGCAAAGACGAUUGUUUUCCGAAAGGUUGGCUUGGACGAUAGUUUUAUUCUCAUAGCAUCUAUAUUCGCCAUCAGCUUAUCGGCUACUGUGCUCAUCCUUACAGCCAACGGUCGCGCUAUGUCCUUCUCCUUGACCUUUUCACAGGCAGACAUUCUUUCCAAGGGAUACUACAUAUCGGAACUGUUCUACAUAUCUGGUGUUUGCUUCCCUAAGCUCUCUAUUCUCGUUCUUUUCUUCAAUAUCGCUGCAAGUCGACAAUUUCUUCGCCGCGUAGUACUCGCUCUUGGCAUCUUCAUCUCCACCUGGACUUUAGUGUCUUUGAUAACCAUCGCAUUUCAAUGCGAACUUCCACGUCCAUGGAAAACAACCAGUCCGCAUUGUCUCAAUUUUCGCAUUUUCUGGGUUAUCUAUUGUACAUUCGACGUAUUGACUGAAAUCGCUCUGAUUGCAAUUCCCAUGAGCAUAGUCGCGGCUCUCCAAAUGCCCCUCUGCCGCAAAAUGGCGGUUAUCUCGUGUUUUUCUCCUCGCCUCCUUGUCAUUGCAGGAACGAUUGUUCGAACCAUCUGGGUCUAUCCUACCAUACCACAGCGACAUGACCACCAUCGAAUCUGGGAACCACUGGUGGCAAUGCAGGUUCACCUAUGUAUGAGCAUCAUCACUGCGAGCAUUCCAUUCAUGGUACCUUACUGUAGGGAACUUAGUCAUAGAUUGCAAGGAUCUACCUCCAUAAGAUCUUCAAUGCAUCUACAGGACAAAACGGUUGGCCAUCCGACAUCAAUCUGGUUUCGGAGACAUUUGAGAAACAGUGAUGCUGUUAUGCGAAAUUCGGAUCCUGAAGGUGCUACUCACUAUGAACUUAUACCAAGAGUCUCACCUGGUAUUCCCUUUGCAAGAUCGACAAGCCCUAUGGCGAGCGGAGCAUUACAGAUGUCACCAAAACAAAAAUCGACUGUAAAGGGUCUCAAUAUACACAUCCCUCAUCGUAGUUCU